GCGAGCUACUCGACCAAGAGUUGGAUUUACAUAGACGUAGGAGCUUGUUGGAGUCGAUGGAGGAAAAGAGAAAAAAGAGGUCUGGUCAUACAACUGCAAAACUGGCUGGCCCACCCAAGAUGAGCGAGCUAUGCGACCAAGAGUUGGAUUUACAAAGACAAAGGAUCUUAAUAGAGAUCAGCAAGCUACUCGACCAAGAGUUGGAUUUACAAAGACAUAGGAGCUUGUUGGAGAUCAGCGAGCUACUCGACCAAGAGUUGGAUUUACAAAGACGUAGGAGCUUGUUGGAGUCGAUGGAGGAAAAGGGAGGAAAGAGGUCUGAUGAUACAACUGCAAAAUGGAUCAGCGAGCUACUCGACCAAGAGUUGGAUUUACAAAGACGUAGGAGCUUGUUGGAGUCGAUGGAGGAAAAGGGAGGAAAGAGGUCUGAUGAUACAGCUGCAAAAUGGAUCAGCGAGCUACUCGACCAAGAGUUGGAUUUACAAAGACGUAGGAGCUUGUUGGAGUCGAUGGAGGAAAAGGGAGGAAAGACGUCUGAUGAUACAACUGCAAAACGGAUCAGCGAGCUACUCGACCGAGAGUUAGAUUUACAUAGACGUAGGAGCUUGUUGGAGUCGAUGGAGGAAAAGGGAGGAAAGAGGUCUGAUGAUACAGCUGCAAAAUGGAUCAGCAAGCUACUCGACCAACAGUUGGAUUUGCAAAGACGUAGGAGCUUGUCGGAGUCGAUGGAGGAAAAGGGAGGAAAGAGGUCUGAUGAUACAACUGCAAAACGGAUCAGCAAGCUACUCGACCGAGAGUUGGAUUUACAAAGACGUAGGAGCUUGUUGGAGUCGAUGGAGGAAAAGGGAGGAAAGAGGUCUGAUGAUACAACUGCAAAAUGGAUCAGCGAGCUACUCGACCAAGAGUUGGUUUUACAAGGACGUAGGAGCUUGUUGGAGGUUUGUAUGCAUAACCUAUAA